AUGUUCUGGAGUCUUUAUAUCAUUACAACGCUGCUUAAUUUGGCCUCCGCACAAUCGUCGUGUCGACUGUCGCCUUCAGGAAACGUCAAGCCCUCGGUGGCGUCUGGAUACAAAUGGCAGGUGGUCGCAACCGGACUUGCUCGCCCGCGAGGACUAGCCUUCGAUGAUAGAGGCAGACUGCUUGUCAUCGAGUCUGGCUCAGGUGAUCUGUCGGCGCAUACUCUGAACGAAGAUGGCGGCGGCUGCGUAACAAUCAACUCGUCGAAGACCGUGGUAGAAGGCAUGAGCUUGAAUCAUGGCAUUGGUUUCGACAGUAAACAGGGUAUGCUCUAUGCAUCCAACACCAAUGAAACAUACGGUUGGCAAUACGACUCCGCUGCCAUCUCAAUCUCGGAUCAGCAGACCGUAGUGAGCAAUAUGUCAGGAACAGACCACAGUACACGUACCCUCCUACUGGCACAGCGUGCUCCAGGCAUGAUGGUUGUCAGUUUUGGUAGCUUGAGCAAUCUCGAUUUAUCUGCGACAAACGUGGACUCUGGCACUGCUUCAGUAAAAGCCUUCAACUUGACCAACCUUACCAGCACAUACACAUACCAGACUGACGGGAUGCUUCUGGGUUGGGGUCUGCGAAACGAAGUCGGCCUGGCCGAGCAUCCUGUCACCGGCGGUAUCUGGGGCGUCGAGAAUUCUGCCGAUCAAGUGGUUCGCUACAAUGUAGACGUACACGCAGACAAUCCUGGUGAAGAGCUUAACUUUCUCGGCUACCUGAAUGGGACCAAUUCCAGUAACACGGGUUCAAACUUCGGCUACCCUUGGUGCCUCUCAGCGUGGGAUCCUGAGGCACUUCCACAGAAUGAGAACAUCCAAGUCGGCACGCAGUUCGCUAUUGACUCAACAUCUGCACUUGGCAAUCAGAACAGGACAGAUGCGUUUUGCGCAGAUCAGACACAGAGUAGACUGGUCUUCGACUCACACAUGGCUCCCCUGGACAUCAAAUUCAAUGAUACAGGCAGACAAGCUUGGAUCACGUUCCAUGGUAGCUGGAAUAGUCCUAACCCAGUUGGCUAUAAGUUGUCCCUGGUCAACUUUACAGAUGCUGGCGAGCCAGUUGACCAACGUACUAGCAAGACAGCAGCUGUCGACAUAUUUGGAAACGAAGACGACUCAGCCUGUCCUGGUAAUUGUUUUCGUCCUGUUGCGAUGGCCAUCGAUACCCAUGGCCGAAUCUUCCUCUCAUCCGAUGCUACAGGCGAGAUCUACCUUGUUACAAGAGACAGUGCUGCCACUGGCACACCGACCAGUCCGGACAACGGCUCUAGCACCUCAACCUCGUCGAGUGCAUCUACUACAUCAACCUCUGCCGGUACCAAAAAUGCGUCCAGUUGGUUUUUCACUGUCGUUAUAGGCAGUCUCUUUGCAAUGAUGUCAUGUAUAGUCUAG